UCAGUUCGUGUUAGUUUAUCGUAUUCAGUUAUACGCGUCUUAGUCAUUUCAAACGGACAUAAUGUCUACAUCACUAAAUAUUGCAAAUAAAAAACACGUGUGGGAAUAUUAUGUGAAACUAUCGGAUUUCGAAGCACAGUGCAAGUUUUGCGAAAAUAAAUAUAUAUAUUUAGGAGAUCAAAACUUAAAAAGACAUAUGGCAUUGCAUCAUAUAAAAAUUUGGAAAUACGAAGAAGAGAAAACAGUAAUAAAAGGGCCAUGGAUGUUUUUCAAAUAUUUAUACAAAUCAUAUUCACAAUGCGUUAUCUGUGAUGCACAUGUUUUGUCUACGUUCAAAUAUGUAGAAAAUCACUUGAGUUCACAUUCUGAAAAACAACGGGAAAAUCAUACAUUUCGCAGUUGGCCAUGGAAAUAUUCGACAAACAGAGAUGAUUUUGUAGUGGAGUGUAAUAUUUGUAAUAGGGAUGUAUCUCUUCAUGUUCAUGCUAACCUGGAUAUUCAUAUAAAAUUGAAACAUUGGGACAAAUUGAAAAAUACGCAAAAAAUACAUGACACAGUUGGUGCAUCAGAAUGCGUUUCAUCACUUCAAACGGACACAUCGUCUAAGUCACUAACUAUUGUAACUCAAAAGCAUUUUUGGAAAUAUUUUGUUAAAUUGCCGGAUUUUAAAGCGCAGUGCAUGUUUUGUGAAAACAAAUAUAAUUAUAUAAACACCGCAAAUUUCUUUAAUCAUACGAAAAAAUAUCAUAAAAAAAUUUUGAAAUACGAACAAGAGAGAAAACUAAUAAAAAUUCCAUGGAUGUAUUUCAAGUAUUUAAACAAAUCACAUUCACAGUGUAUUAUUUGUGACGCAAAUGUUCUGUCUACAUCCGAAUCUGUAGAAAAUCAUUUGAGUUCACAUUCUGAAAAACAACGAAAAAAUUAUAUCCUUUGCGGUUGGCCAUAUAAAUAUUCGACCAAAAUAAAUGAUUUUGUGAUGGAGUGCAAUAUUUGCAAUAAGAAUGUACUUCUUUCCGUUUAUAAUUAUUUGGACGCUCAUAUAAAAGAGAAACAUUGGGACAAAUUGAAGAAUACGCAAGAAACACAUGACACAGUUGGUUCAUCAGAAUGCGUUUCAUCACUUCAAACGGACACAACGUCUAAGUCACUAACUAUUGUAAGUAAAAGCAUCUGUGGAAAUAUUAUGCAAAAUUGCCAAAUUUUAAAGCGCAAUGCAUAUUUUGUAAAAAAUAUUAUUAUAUAACCGUUAAUACUUUCCGAAUGCAUAUUGCAAGACAUCAUAGAAAAAUUUGGAAAUACGAAGAAGAGAAAAAACGAAUAAAAUUGCCAUGGAUGUAUUUCAAGUAUUCAAACAAAGUAUAUUCACAAUGUAUUAUUUGCAAUGCAAAUGUUCGACCUACAUCUGAAUCUAUAGAAAAUCACUUGAGUUUGCAUUCUGAAAAACAACGAAAGAAUCAUAUGCUUCAUAGUUGGCCACAUAAAUAUUUGACAAAAAGAGAUAAUUUUGUAGCGGAGUGUAAUAUUUGUCACAAGAAUUUCGCUCUUGGUAUUCAGCAUUCGUUGAUUUCUCAUAUAAAAAUGACACAUUUGGACAAAUUGAAAAAUACAAAUUAAAGAAACACAUGACACAGUCGAUUCGUCAGAACGCGUUUCGUCAAUUCAAACGAACUCUGUUUAACAUUGAAAAAUUGUUAUAUAUUGUUAAAAUGUUUCCCUUAGGUUUAACAAAUAAAAAAAUGCUUAUAGAAAUUUUUAGUCUUGAACAAAAAUGCCAAAGUUUACACGGAUUAUCAAGAUUCAUUUUAAAUAUUUCUACUCAUUAAAAUUUUGAUGAUAACAUUUUAUCUGAAAGUUUGGAAGAUUACUCGCAUUUCGAAAAACAUUUACAAAACAUACAUUUUAGAAUUGGCUAUGGAAAUACAGUUCCGAAAGUGAUGGUUUUGAAGUAGAGUAUAAUAUUUGUCACUGACUAUAUUUGUAGCUAUUAGAACUUAUUUAAAUAACUAUAUAAAGAAUGAACAUCAUUUGGCAAGCUAAUUAAAUAGAAUGAACAAAUGUCCAUUUAUCCGGAAGUUGACAAUGGGAAAUGAUGAUAACAGCGUCCAAGCAUCACAACCUGCAAUAAUGGCAGUCUUAAUUUUAACAAUUUUA